ACCACCCCUCCUACCCCGCACCGCCAUGUUCUGCUCCGACUCAGCGGUGCGCCACACUCGUGACCCGCAGCGAUCUCGGCAGGAGAGGGGACCGGCGAGAGCGCGGGAUGGACGCAGUGACCUUUGAGGAUGUGGCUGUGACCUUUACCCUGGAGGAGUGGGCUUUAUUGGACGUUUUCCAGAAGAAUCUCUACAAAGAUGUAAUGCAGGAAACCUUUAAGAAUCUGGACUUUGUGGGAAUAAAAUGGGAGCACCAAGAUCUAAAAGGUCGCUACAGAAAUCAAAAGAGAAAUCUAAGACUCCAAGUAGUACAGAGACUCUGUGACCAUAAGGACAAUUGUCAAUGUCGAGGAACCUCCAGCCUAAAUUCAGGCAAUAUUGCAAAGAAGCAAACGCCUGGAUCAAAGCUUUAUAAACACCGUGUCAUUGGCCAGUCACCCUUAAAGAGGAAAAUUACAUCUGACUCAAAACAUAGGCCAUGUGACUAUGAGAAAUACCUAAAGAGAUAUUAUGAAUGUGAAAUAUGUGGUAAAGCCUAUGCAUGCUCCAGCUCCCUUACAAAACAUAAAAAUAUGCACAAUGGAGAGAAACCAUAUAAAUGUACGCUGUGUGAGAAAACCUUCGUUUAUCGCUAUUGUGUAGAAAGGCACAUGCUAACUCAUGGUCCACCCAAGACUUAUAAAUGUAAGGUAUGUAAAAAGGUAUUUUCUUCUUCCAAGUCCCUUCGAGAGCAUAGAGCAUGUCACUCUGGAGAGCUGCCCAAAUGUAAGGAAUGUGGGAAACUAUUCUGGACUUCCAGUUCCCUUCACAUGCAUAAAAGGCUUCAUACAAGAGAAAAACUGUACGAAUGUAAGUACUGUAGGAAAGCCUUUGGGAGUUACUGCUCUGUCACCUUACAUGAAAGGGCUCACACUGGAGAGAAACCUUAUAAAUGUAAACAGUGUGGGAAAACCUUCAGACAUUCCAGCCACGUUCAAGCACACGAGAGAAUUCACACUGGAGAGAAGCCCUAUGAAUGUAAGACGUGUGGGAAGACGUUCACUAAUGGCCACUGUGCUAGAAGACACUUGGCAACGCACAGUGGAGACUGGCCUUACAAAUGUGACGUGUGUGGCAAAGCCUAUCUUUAUGUUUAUUCCCUUCGAAACCACAAAAAAUGCCACACCGAAGAGAAACCCUAUAAAUGUAAGCAAUGUGGGAAAACGUUUAAAUGUUCUGCUUCCAUUCGAAACCAUGAGACCACUCACACUGGAGAGAAACCAUAUGAGUGUAAAGUGUGUGGGAAAGCCUUCAGUUGUUCCAGUUACAUUCAAAAUCACAUGAGAACACACAACGGACAGCCCUAUAAAUGUGAAAAAUGUGGGAGAGCAUUCUCAUAUUCCAAAAGUCUUCGAAGACACAUGAAAAAACACAGUUGAUUAGAGAUGGAUGAUCCUAGUAAAUGUAAGUGAUAGAGAAUAGUAGCCUUUGCACAUUCCAGCUCUUCAGAUGAAUUUGAAAAAAGAAUCACAGUGGAGAAUAAGCCUAUGGAUAUAAUAUGUGUGGAAAAGCCUUCAAUCAUUUCAGUCACAAGUACUUGCAACAAUUCGAUGUACUGAAACCCUGUGAGUUUAAAGAAUGCUGGGAAACAUUCUGUCAGUUCCUUUCAGUGUCUGAGGGUCCCCACUGGAGAAAAGUACUACACAGGGGACAUGGACACUUUUCCAUACCACCUUUUUUUUUUUUAAAGAAUGUCUUUUAAUUCAUACAUGUACAUAGUGUAUCUUGAUCAUAUCCAUCCCAAGGUCACCCAAGACCCUCCUCAACAAUCUUUUUUUUUUUAAUGUGUAUGUGUGUAUUGUCUGCAUGUAGGUAAGUACACCCAUGUCCUGCAAUGCCCUUGGAGGUCAGAAGAGGCUGUGGGGUGCCCUGGGACUGGAGUUACAGUUUUUAGCUGCCAUGUGGGUGCUGGAAUUCAAACCCGGAUCUUCUGCAAGAACAGUCAGUGUUCUUAACCGCUGAGCCAUCUCUCCAGCCCCUUCUCUUUUUAAGUGACUCUGCCACAAUGUUGGUUUGAUCCUAUGCAGGUAACCACAGCUGCUCUGAAUUCAUGGAUGCAACAUCCAUGUCAUGUCUAGAAGACAUUUCACAGCACUCCUCAUCAUCCAUCUCUUACUUUUUUUUUUUUUGAGACAGGGUCUCCUUGUAGCUCCAGCUGGCCUAGAACUCGCUAUCUAGACCAGGCUGGCCUUGAACUCACAGAGGUCGACCUGCCUUUGCCUCCCAAUCUCUUACAUUCUUUAAGCAAGGGUGUAUGAGAGUUUUUAAGAUUAUUUUGCUGUUUUUUUUUUAACUUGAAGGACAGUUAUGCUGUGGUGCUCAGGUUGUGUCUGAACCUACUGUGUUCAGUCAGGAUUCUUGCCUCUCCAAUAUAAGUGGGGCCACAGGUGCCCACCGCCAUGCCUGGGCAGUGCAUAAGUUUAAUACAAGUGUUUUCUUUUGCCAAGAAAUUUUACUUGUUCCAUUUUAACAGAAUUAUAUUCAUGCAUAAGUUGAAAUGUAGUUCAAGAGCCAGCAAGAUGCUCAGCAGAUAACUUAGGUUCAAUUCCCAGAUCCCACAUGGUGGAAGGAAUGCUCCAACUCCUGCAAGUUUUCCUCUGACUUCCACACACAUACCAUAAUGCAUGUGCAUAUUAGUUAAUUAACUAAUUAAUUAGAUGUAAAAUGAAACUUUAAUGAAAAGCAGUUCAAAUAUGUGUAGGUUUAAUCAACAUAAUUUUUAAAUAACUGAUUUAUGGGCUAGUGAAAAAUGACUGUAAAUGUUUUCAAUUUUGUUGUAAGCCUCAACUGGCUGGUUGUGGCUUCCUUCAUCCCUUAUUUUGUAUAUUCCAACCUUUGUCUCCUAAUGAAAAUAUUAUCCUUUUUUUCUUUUUGGCAUGUUUACUGAAAAAUAGUAUCACUUUGUACAUUUGUCAUGUUUCUCAUAAUGUCUCAAUGUAAAUUCUAACUGUCCUCGGGACUUAAUUGUGUCUGUGUGGGUACAUGCAUGUGAGUGCAGCUGCCCUUGGAGGCCAGAAGAGGGCGUCAGGUCCCUAGGAGCUAGAGUUACAGGUGACUGUGAGCUGUCCAGUAUGGGUGCUGGAAGCUGAACUCUGGUCCCCUGCAGGACCAGCAGGUGCUGAACCAUCUCCAGCCCCUUUGUCAUCUGUUUUGGGGAAAUUUUUUCACCUAGCAGUAGUCAUGCCUCAAAUAACCUCAUAGCCUCCAAUACCGCCACUAUGCAGAGCUGUGUUAUUUACUUUGCUUUGAACGUUGACCCUCAUACUUACCUGGCAGGGGAGACGCCAUGAUCAAGAAGGUGGUAUUCCCAUAGAUGAGACGAUAUAUGCUGACCCUGCAAUUUCCCCAAAUGUGAGAAACUCAACUGCUUAAUUUGUGGUGUGGUGGACUGAGUCCUUUAAAAGGAAAACUGACUUUCAAUAGGCUUGUUGCUAAGCAAUGUAGUGACUGAGUCGCAUGUUUAAGGCCCUGAGUGCCAUUUCAGUGCUAUUCCCCGGCAGUGAGAAAGUAAGUAAAUGUGUGACUUUCAGUUAAGAUAGCACUGCAAUACAAUUCAGAGUGGGAGAUGAAUGUCUUGGUUGAGUUCAGUGUGGGAAAUCCAGAACCCUUUCCCUUGAUAGUUCCAUGUUAGAGUUUGCUAGGGGCUUAACUUAAGACAGUAUGAGGAAGACAUUUGUCGUGUUUGAGCCUCAGAGUGCCUAGAGACUGCCAGGUAGACCUGGCCGUCCCAAUACCAUUUUCCAAUUCUUUUUGUGUAUGAGUGUGGGGGUCUCAGGACAGUUUGUGGGAGUCAGUUCUCUGCUUCCACUGUGUGGCUGCCUGAGAUGAAGUUUGGGCUUAGCCAAAGUGCCUUUCCCUGCUGAGCCAUCUUACCAGUCCAACUUUUCUCAACCUAGGACAUCUUCAUUUCCAUCUUAAGAAUUAAAAUACUUUUGGGAGGCAGGCAGAUCUCUGAGAUCAACAUUAGCCUCGUAUACAUAGUGAUUUCCAGGCCAGCCUGGGCUGCAGGGAGACCCUAUCUCAAAAAGACACCCCCCCCAAAAAAAAGACAAUAUUUAACAUACUAAAUCCCUGUGAAAGGUUAAAUGCCACCCCCUUACCACACCAGGGUCCCAUGUGUUGUCAAAGAAGGUGUAUAAAGUUGAAUGUAGGUAUUCACACACACAGGCAAACUUGGGUCCAAAAAAUAUAAAGUUUUUUUUUUUUCUCCUAGAGAGAGGAAAAUGCAUCCUUGGUUUAGUCCUUGUGUACUGAGGCUGGCUCCAGUGUUUGGAUCUGCUUUUGCUCUUCUGACUCAUCUAGGUUGGCUUUGGAGCAUGUGUGCAUGUAUGCUUGAGUAAUGCAUGCAAUUGAGUGUACGUGUUCAUGCAUGCAGAGGCCAAAGUGGGAUGGCAUGUGUCUUCCUCUGUCGUGCCCCACAUUACUGUCCUGAGACAGGAUCUUGCUGUACCAAAAGCUCACGGGUUUUUAGAUUAGGCUGCUGGUCAGCUAGCUCUUGAGAUCCAUCUUUCUCCAACCCCCAAUGCCACAGGCCCAUGUAGCUGUGUCAGCUCUUAUGUGAGUCCUAGAGAUUCAAACUCAAGUCCUUGUGCUUGCUCAGCAAGUGCUUUUAUCCAGUAAGCCAUCCCUCCAGCCUGCUUACUCAUUAUCUAAAUGCUUAAAGAACUAGAGAGGUGGCUCAGCGGAUAAAGGUGCUGCCACCAAGCCAGAGUUCAAACUCUAGGACCCACAUGGUGGAAGGAGAGAACCAACUCCUGCAAGUCGUUUUCUGACCUCCACACAUGCACAGUAAGUAAAGAGUAUUGAAGUAGCAGGAACCAUUUCUGUGUUCUACCAGAAUCCAGUGCGUGUUAUUCCUUUGACACACAGACUAACGGGCUUUCUUUUCAAUCCCAUUGAGCACUGGUGCAAUAGGAGUUAGACAGCCACUCAGUGCGUUUCUCAUCUCUCACAGACCCACUUUGAAAAAGUGAUCUUGUUUUAAAUUCUUUUGUGAACUGAAAAUUUUUCCCCUUCUGUUCAAAACUGUCAAAUAAUUCUAUCAUAAUGGUAUUUAAUAUGUAAAUUGUAUUGCUGUGCAUCAAGUAUGAUUUUAAAAAUUAAAGUAAAAUAAAUGCUGAAA